UUCCACCAAAAAAACAAAAAAUACAGGCAAAACUCUGCAAGUCCAGGACUCCAAGCUCCGUUACCUCGAUUAAUCUCUCUCCUUCUCUCCAAAGACGGGAACCGCCAGUGCCCCGGCAAUUUGUGGCCGCACUGCUUCCACCUCUGAUUCUCUCCCUCUCUCUCUAUGGUACGUAAAAAGGGCGACGGCUCAGAGCCGAACACGAAUUGCGGCUUCUAGCCCGUUGGAAAUACAUUACUAGGAUCAAGGUAUUUAGGUUUGCUUAAAAAUUAGUCUGCUUAGUUAUUAGUUAUUAGUUUUCCGGCUAUGAUGGAUGGGAACAAGCGAAACUUUUUCAAGAAACGCCCUAACAUCCAGUUUAAAAGAAAAGGGGGUAACAACAACUAUAAGAAGGGAAAGUGGAAUGAUUCUGGCCGUGAGCAACCUCCAGAGGAUUACCAAUCGCUCGACACUGUGUAUCGUAUUCUCUGCCCUUCUAAAAAGAUCGGUGGUGUUAUUGGGAAGGGUGGCAACAUAGUCAAAGCCCUUAGAGAAGAGACCCGGGCAAAGAUUUCGGUUUCUGAUUCUGUUCUUGGCUCAGAUGAGAGAGUAAUUAUUAUCUAUAGCUCUCCAACAAAAAUUUCAAGCAAACAAAAUAACAAUGAAGAUUCAGAUCAGGGAAAUGAAAUGGAGCCGCAUUGUGCUGCCCAGAAUGCUCUGUUGAAAGUUCAUGCCAGGAUUGUAGAGGAAGAUCUCUUUGGUGGAGUUACAUUUGAUGAUGACAACGAGAACAGUGUUGUCACGACAAGACUUCUAGUUCCAAACAAUACGGUAGGGUGUGUUCUUGGAAAGCGUGGAGAUGUUAUUCAAAGAUUGCGAAGUGAGACGGGUGCAAGUAUCCGUGUCCUUCCUGCAGAUCAGCUUCCAACGUGUGCUAUGGAAACUGAUGAAUUGGUGCAGAUAUCUGGAAAACCAAAUGUGACAAAGAGGGCACUUUAUGAAGUGUCUACUCUACUGCAUCAGAAUCCUAGGAAGGAUAAGCCUCCUUCAGGCUUUCCUAUGCCUAUUGGUGGUCAGGUCUUUCAUCCCCCUGGAGCCCCGACGAGUAAUGCUCUUUCACCCAGAAAUCCAAUGUUGUCUAAUCGGGCUCCUUCCCACACUAUGCCGCCAAUGCCAUGGACAGGAGGAUAUGAAAACCGUUCUUCUGGAUUUGCCCGAGGUGGUUUUAAUGGGGUUUCUCCUGAACAUGGGGGUGAAGCUCUAGCUCUAGCUGAGUUUUCUAUGAAAAUUUUGUGUUCAACUGGGAAAAUUGGUGGGGUUAUUGGCAAGGGCGGUUUUAAUGUAAAACAGUUACAACUGGAAACAGGAGCCACUAUUCAUGUUCAGGAUGCAUCAAUGGAUUCAGAAGAACGUGUAAUUCACGUCUCUGCUUUUGAGGCUUUGUGGAAUCCCAGAUCACAGACCAUUGAGGCAAUUCUUGAGCUUCAGAACGUAACAAGUGAAUUCUCUGAUAAAGGCAUAAUCGCUACCAGGCUUCUUGUACCAUCAAGUAAAGUUGGCUGCCUCCUUGGACAAGGAGGUCAAGUUAUAAAUGAGAUGAGAAGGAGAACCCAGGCUGAUAUCCGUGUUUACUCGAAGGAUGAUAGGCCUGCAUGUGCAACUGAAGAUGAAGAGCUUGUGCAGAUUUCUGGGAACUUGGGUACCGCUAAAGAUGCUUUGGCUGAGAUUACAUCAAGGCUGAGAGUGAGAACUCUGCGAGAUACAAAUGCUGGAGCAGAACCUGCUCCUGUUGGCCCUACGCACAGAUUUGGUCUUGCAGGCCACUUACCUGGUGGGGGACCACUGCCAACACCUAAUGCAGUUGGAGCUGGAAGCUCUGGUGGAUAUGAUCCUCUGAAGGUUAGUAGACAUCAAUAUCAACCACAGAGUCAUCGAAUUCCUCCAACUGCUUCUGGUUAUCCAAGGGUCAACUAUGCUAUGGAGGGUAAGAUCCCAAUGAAUGCAGUAGAUUUUCCUGGAACAGUAGGGCGCAGCUUUUCCACUAUUAGGGAGGUUGGCAUAUCAAGAGCGCAGCUCCAAGACUCCCAAGGUGGUGGCUUUGAACGUUCUGUUGAGAUUGGCGGUUCUGAUCACGUGAAUGCAGCACAGAAUAUCCUUCGCCCGUUCUUGGCUUCUGUUGAUCAAAAUGUGAGUUCUCAAUCUGGUUCCUACCGCAAUGUAAAUGCUCCGCAAGGCUCCUACCACAAGAUGAUUCCUCAGCAAAGCCCCUACCAAAUCAAUUCUCAACAAAGCCCCUACCAACUCAAUCCUCAUCACAGCUCAUACCGAAUCAAUCCUCAGCAUAGCCCCUAUCAAGUCAAUGCUCCGCACAGCCCCUUCCGAACAAAUGCUCAGGAAAGCUCUCAACAAGGAUCAUACCCCAACACGAAUGCUCCUCAAGGCGCCUACCACAACUAUAAUUCGCAACAAGGUGCCUACCAAUACCAUUACCGGCUCUAGUUUGGGAAUUUUUGUAUCAUAAUUUAUAUUAUGCUUCUAGAUAAUUGUUGGCGUUACAAACCGAUGGUAAUUAGCAAACACAUCAGUUGUCGAAUUCCAUUACUCUCUGUGACUUAAAAAACAAGUUCUGUUAUGUGCACCAGGGAGUUGUAAACGUAAACAUCUUUACUAACAGGAAUGUAAUAGAGUUUCCAAUGGACGGAUUUUCUGUAUGGACGUGAUUGAUUAUUCGUGAA